CCCAAUAAGGGCCUAUCAAAAAAAAAAUCUGGAAAUUGUUCAUCGUCGGUACGACGGAGAAAACGUCUUUCAAAGACGAAUUGAGGCGGUGGAAGAAUCCAAUUUGAUCUUCAAAGAAGUGAAGAAGAAAGAGAAGCAAUUGAAUUCGCUGAGGAUGUUGUUAGGGUUAUUUGAAUCAUCACAAGCCCAAAGAUUCUGUUAUCGAUUGUCGUGAUUUGUAGAGACGAAAGCAGAGAAAAUGGGAGGCGAAGAUGAGAAAGAUAAGAAAUGGAAUCCUCCGCCGCCGCCGCAGAAGGCGGACUUAAAGCUUUGGGGAAUCCUUGCGUUUACUGUAAUUGGCGCAACCGCCACCACUUUCGCCGUUCAUCAGCUGCGAAGAAGUUUUGAUUGGGUCUAUACCCAGGUAGCUAGAUCACAGUCAGCGCGGAAAGGAGCGAAAGGUGGUUCUUUCCGAACAGCUUAUCAGGAGGAAGCAUGGAGAAGGUACAACAAACGGAUGCAAGAGGAGUAUGAGGAUGAGUUGGAGAGAGUGGAACGUAUUAGGCGUAUGCAAAGCGUUUUCAACAGAGAAAGGAAUAAAUUUAGGAGGGGCUAUGAGAACUGGAAAGAAAAUGAUCCUGGUGCACAGCAAUACCAUCAGCAGUUUCAGCGACAUGAUUGGUACUGGAAAACUGAGUCUUCGCAUAGAAACCAAAGAACUAAUCACCAGGAGCCUCCAGACCAGAGAAGAGUAUAUCCAUUAUCACACCAUUACUCGGUUUUAGGGCUCAGCAGGUCCCGAGCAACUCCAUACACAGAAGCUGAGAUUAAGAAAGCGUUCAGGGAAAAGGCUCUGGAAUUCCAUCCGGACCAAAAUCAGGAUAACAAAGUUGUAGCUGAAGCAAAAUUCAAAGAGGUGUUACUUUCAUAUGAAGCUAUAAAAGAGGAAAGAAAAGAGAAGUGAUAUUUUUUGUGAGCGAGAUCAAACUCUUUUUCAUGCGCUCUAAAAAGAACUUGGAAUACAAAUAUCAAUGAACAAAACAGGUUUCUAUGGGUAUCUUCCCAUUUCAUAGGUUAAUUUAAUAGUCUUCUGGUUUGUUUUUUUACGCAAUUAAGGUUCUUUGUUGUAAUUUUGUAAUAAAACCAAUCCUCAGCU